AGAAUACAGGAAUUGGUGUGAUCGCCCAUCAUCAGCAACCCCGAGCCUAGAAAGUUUCCCCGUUCUUGCUUCACUGAGCCUCGCUAUCAGCCAUUCUCGCCACGAUGCGAUCUUUCGCCCCCUUGGCUCUCGGCCUUCUUGGAGCAUCAAGCGUAUCAUACGCUACGGACGCUGAGUCUAAUGUGAUCUCAUUGAACACGGAUACUUUUGAAAACUUUAUGACUGAACAUGAUCUGGUGCUUGCGGAAUUCUUCGCCCCCUGGUGUGGUCAUUGUAAAGCUCUUGCUCCUAAGUAUGAGGAAGCGGCUACCGAGCUGAAGGCAAAGGACAUUCCUUUAGUCAAGAUUGACUGCACUGCAGAGGAAGAUCUGUGUCGCAGCCAGGGUGUCGAGGGCUAUCCAACUUUGAAGAUCUUCCGUGGACCCGACUCUAGCAAGCCUUACCAGGGUGCCCGUCAAGCAGAAGCGAUUGUGUCCUACAUGAUCAAGCAGUCACUUCCUGCCGUGUCACCGGUUGAUGGAGAGAAUCUUGAAGAGAUCAAGACUAUGGACAAAAUUGUCGUUAUCGGCUAUAUUGAUUCCGAGGAUAAGAAAACACAUGACGCUUUCGAGACAUUCGCUGAAUCUCAGAGGGACAAUUACCUUUUCGCUGAAGCAAGUGACCCUGCCAUCGCCAGGGCGGAGGGUGUCGAACAGCCGGCUUUUGUUCUUUAUAAAGACUUUGACGAGAAGAAGGCAGUCUAUGAUGGUAAGGUGGACCAAGAGGCUCUACUCAGCUGGGUGAAAACCGCCAGUACUCCCCUUGUGGGAGAGAUUGGACCCGAGACUUACUCUGGUUACAUCACAGCCGGUAUCCCUCUGGCGUACAUCUUCGCAGAGACGAAGGAAGAACGCGAACAAUUCGCCGAACAGUUCAAACCCGUUGCGGAGAAGCACAGGGGCUCUAUCAACAUCGCAACUAUUGAUGCCAAGAUGUUUGGUGCACAUGCUGGAAACCUCAAUCUCGAUCCGCAGAACUUCCCCGCCUUCGCUAUUCAAGAUCCUGCUAAGAACGCCAAGUAUCCGUUUGAACAGUCCAAGGAACUCAAGCCGGAUGAUGUGGAGGCCUUUAUUCAAGAUGUUCUCAACGGCAAAGUCGAGCCCAGCAUAAAAUCAGAGCCAAUCCCAGAGACCCAAGAUGGCCCGGUUACGAUUGUCGUAGCGCACUCUUACAAAGAACUUGUUAUCGAAAACGACAAGGACGUUCUUCUAGAGUUCUAUGCGCCAUGGUGCGGGCACUGCAAAGCUCUUGCACCGAAGUAUGAUGAGCUAGCUGGUCUAUAUGUCAACAAUCCUGAUUUCGCGGCUAAGGUGACUGUCGCCAAAAUUGACGCGACGGCCAACGACGUCCCCGAUCCGAUCACUGGUUUCCCAACCAUCAGACUCUAUCCUGCCGGUGCUAAAGACUCCCCUAUUGAGUACGAAGGAUCGCGCACGGUUGAGGAUCUGGCCAAGUUCAUUCUCGAGAAUGGUAAUCACAAGGUUGAUGCCUACACGAACUCCGAGGAACAGCAGGAAGAGGCAGACGUUACUACUCCCCCUGUUGCGACUCCCACUAAUGAUGAGGCCCCUGAAGCUGCCAAAGAAGCGGCAGAGCAUGAUGAACUUUAAUUGUCUCAAAGAAGAUCCUGUUCUCCAUAAUGAAUUGUACCUUAUUUUACUUGAACUUUCAGCAUGUCUUGGCUUCGUCUAUAGCUCCAUAACCUCUAAAUUGCUUGUAUGUCUGCAUAGUUCGGUUCAGUUUCUUUGCAGACCAAGAAGCCAAGAAAACUCUCCGGAAAUGCAAAGGAACAGGCGGUCCAUGAUUGCGCAUGUCUUGAUGUCGAAGCCAUGAUUGUCCUUACUAGGUAAGACUUUUGCAGUCAUGUAUUGCGCCCCUUGCUCAUUAGCUAUCGAUCACAUGUGACCCUAUGGUUACCCGAGGCUGAAGAGCUUGGAAAUUGGCAGAUCAAGGCUCAGGCCUAUGCCGCGAUCCACCGUUGCUCGUAAACGCAAAGCAUUUCUUUGAAUCGUCACUCAACUCGCCGUAUCACAACACCACCACAUAUCAUUCACUAUGGAAUGACCUA